GUGGUGGAGGCGCUGAGGGCCCGCUAUGGGGACUUAUACACCGAGCGCAACGUGAUGAUUAGCGGCACCCACACCCACUCGGGACCCGGCGGCUUCUUACAGGACAUUCUCUUCGACCUCAGCACGCUGGGCUUCGUCAAGGACACCUUCGAGGCCCUGGUGGGCGGUAUUGCGCUGGUGGCAACGGCUUCGCCCUCGCCGUACAGCUACGGUUCCGGUCGACGCGUCAGAGCGCUCACGUAAUACCCCGUCGCGGCGACCUCGUAUUGGACCCGCCCGCACUCAGGAAGAGGCUGUGCCAGACUCCCAACCACGCCCACCCACACUACGCCAUCGCGUGCGUCGCACCUGUUUACGCUUAAUAUUCUACAAGUAUUCCUCUACAUAAAUUCCCCCCGCGAGACCAACGCGACCACUCUAAUGCGAUCGUCAAUGAUGUGAAUAAAAUUGUGAGUUCACUUCUGAAACAAACUUCGCUGUGAGAUGAGCAGUGAUCCAAGCAAGAAUGGAUGAUGGGCAUCCAAAGCCAUGUCUCGUUUAAAACUUCGAGAAUGGAAACUUUCAACAUCCGGAAUGGGGUAUUGGGUAUUGAACGAUAGUUGAUGCCAGGGUUCUGGUUUCUGUGGAAGAUAACAUCUUGUACUUUUUUUUAAUGGAGGGAGAUACGAUACGUCGCGAUAUAUAGAUCCAGAAAGGAGAGGAAAAUGUGCUCUGUAAUUUUCACUUUGAAAAACUGUAUUUUUAAACUGAAUUUCGAUUUACUUUGUGCACUAAUUUAACAAUUUUAGAAAUUAUCUUUCAAACUUAUUUAGCUACUUGUGCACACUUUUUAUAACUGUUUCAUUACGAAAAUUUUAAUUCUCGCACCUUACAUUGAGAAAUGCGGACCUAGACUAUUUUAUUUAUGGGUGUACUAGUUUCCUAAAAAAAGGCUACGGCGGUCGAGCGUGGAAAUAUGAAAUCGAAACAAUCGAUGGAAUUUUGAUGUACGUGAGAGAGCAAGAGCGGAAAAUGAAACCAUAGCAUGUCGAUGAAAGUACAUUGACAAUUUCUUCCCGCCGAACGUAAGUUAAUUUUAAGUGGAACUCUGGAUCAUACGAGUACAAGAUAAUCUGAAUAAAAUGAAAUUAAAAAUACUAACUAUAUAAAAUUGAAGUAAUUACAUUAUAUUGUAUUAUGCACGAGGUAGGUAUCCAAAUGAUACUAUUUAACGUAAUAUUAUAUAAUUAUUUAUUUUAUUAAACAUUUGUAGACUAACUUACCACACCACUUAUAAUACUCCAUACAUAAAUACGAGAUUAAAAAAGAAAGGAAAUUCUUAGGAACUGUCGAAAUGAAAGACGAUUAACGCAUGGAACGUUCACUUAUUUUGUGUUGUUCUGGUCAUUUGACAGAGAAUACGAGAUCUUUAUCAAGGAAAAUUAUAUGGAAUGUAUUUGAAAGAUAAAUAGAUAAAUUACUAGUCCUCAAAGUUAAAAUAAGGACGAGGCCGGAUGUCUAUAAACUAAGAGAGAGUAAAGACACGUACGAUUUCCUGGACUCUCUUAGAGUACGGGAGACACGUAGAGUUAUCAUUUUGAAAAAGUAAGUUUUCAUGAUCCUCAGUGUAAUUUCGUAUAAUAGUUAAAUGCCUUUCUAGCUGAUUGUUUUCAUGUGUCGAAGUAAAUGGCAUUUGUUCGGUUUCCGGGAAAAGUUCUAUUUUUAUGCCGUACAAUAUUUUCCAAGUAUUAAGAGUCACAAGUUACAUUUUGAUGCUUACGAAAUCGUGAGCAAAAUUAAAAACACCUUUAUUUGUAAACGGCAUAAUUAUGACUAAUAUUUAAACUUUUGAAUUAGCGUUCAAUGACAAUGAAAUAUAAGUUAGUGGUCCUAUCGCCAAAAAUGUGAUAAAAAAUAACAUAUUCAUAUUAGUUAAUCAUUCACGUAGUGGUAAUUUCAAAAAAUUAAUUUUUAAAUCCACGAAUUAAAAUAAAAUUUGAUAAAUAUUGCCCUGAAGUAUUCGAAAGAAUGCAGUUCUGUAGCAUCAAUCCACCAAUUCUACGACAUGCAGCUUGAAGCAUUACUUUCAGCCAAAAGUCUACUCCGAUUAUUUUGACGUCUGUUGCUUUGUCUUCGUUGUUUAUGAUUCGUUGGUGUCUCUAAAGCUGAGCACGUAUUUAAUUACGAGAAGGAUUGAAAAUUCAUCAUCUCAAAUAACUUAAGAUACUCACUUUAAAGUUCCAAGUAGCUAGCUGUUGUAAUAGAAUGAUGAUGAUGAUAUAUAAUAACAAUAAUUAUAAUAAUAAUAACAAUUAGUCAGCAACUCGUUUAGUUACCAGAAGCCGCACUCUCUAUCUUGAAAAGAUGUUUGGUCCGCCGCCUACUGACUAUCGCCGUUUGGUGUCCCAGAGAAGGUUGCCAUGCUAAGCGGCUUCGCUGUGCACCCUGUAUGGUAAUGUAGAUAUGUGUAUGUGUAGUGGUGUAUGGUAAUGUAGAUAUUUGAGAGCGACUAAUUACUUUGAGUACACAUUCUUAUCGGCCUUGAAAAAUAGACUCUGGCAUAUAAGAUUGUUGAGAGUAAAAUACAGUACUGUAUUGAAUUUAUAAAUAUAAUUUGUAAUGCAUCAAUGUGAUAUUGAUUAAAAUAUGCAAAGCACGAUUGCCAUAUAAGGGUUUUUGAGAUGAAAAUAUGAUGAAAAGUGAGUUUGCGCAUAAAUACAUGUUCCUAAUUAAAUUGUAUGUACAAUUUGUAUUUUAAUAGAAGUAAUUAUAUAUUUUAUUACUUCCUUAA